UUCCUGUUCGUCACAGCCACCCAGAACUGAUUGGGCUUACUGUACAAAGCAGAAAAUGCACCAAAUCUCUUAACGCAGCGUUUAACCUGCAUAUUGUAACCUACCCGGUCGACCUUGUUGGACGAACUGGUUUGAACUUCCUGUUUAGACCAACAUGAACGAACUGCGUCUGUGUGCGUUAGUAGCCCGAGCGUGUUUACAAAGUGCGCAGAGGGUUUUAUCCCGGUAGCUAACGCUAGCUGUGCAGCUGCAGUCUGGUCCGCCUUGGCUGCAUCAUCUAGGGGACAGAUUAAUUUUAAUAAGCGAAGAUUAAGCACCAUGAAUCUGCUCCGUAUGGUGUGCCGCCAUAAGACAGCUCUGGUCAUUGGCACUGUUGGCAGUUUUGCUGCGGUCCUCGUCUUUUUGGCCAAAUGCACACCAGAUACCCUGAAACAGGGCUACUCAGAUCCCCUGGGCUCAGCCCCCCACACCAAGGAUCUGCAGUACCACACAGACCAGCAUAAUCCCCUCUCUGUGUCCAAAGACUUGUCAGCAUUCCUUGUGGUUCUCAUCACAACAGGACCUAAGUACACAGAACGGCGGAGUAUCAUCCGCAGCACCUGGCUUGCCAAACGGGAUUCGGAUGUUCUGGCUAAGUUUGUUGUGGGAACCCAAGGUCUGUCAAACGAUGACCUUCAAAAUCUGAACACAGAACAAGGGCGACACAAGGAUUUGCUGUUACUUCCUGAUUUGCGAGAUUCUUAUGAGAACUUGACACUGAAGCUGCUUCACAUGUACUCCUGGCUGGACCAGAAUGUGGACUUCAAAUUUGUCUUUAAAGCUGAUGACGACACAUUUGCUCGCCUGGACCUCCUCAAGGAGGAGCUGAAGGGUAAGGAAUCCAGCAGGUUGUACUGGGGGUUCUUCUCUGGGAGGGGUCGUGUAAAAACAGCUGGGAAGUGGCGCGAAAGCUCCUGGGAGCUCUGUGACUACUACUUGCCGUACGCACUAGGCGGUGGCUACAUCCUGUCAGCAGACCUGGUGCAUUUCGUGCAUUUCAACGCCGGCUACUUCAAGACAUGGCAGAGUGAGGAUGUGUCACUGGGUGCCUGGUUGGCACCGAUAGAUGUCCGGCGGCUGCACGAUCCGCGGUUUGACACAGAGUAUAAGUCACGGGGCUGCAACAACAAAUACUUGGUGACGCAUAAGCAGAGCUUGGAGGAUAUGUUGGAGAAACACCAGACGCUGCAGCGUGAUGGCAGGCUCUGCAAGGAGGAGGUGAAGCUACGAUUGUCCUAUAUAUAUGACUGGAGUGUACCUCCCUCUCAGUGCUGCCAAAGAAAAGAUGGGAUUCCAUAAUUGUUGCUGACCCAAAAGUUAAAUUUAGAUUUUUAAUAUCACAUGUUCAGAAAUGUAAUACUUUCCCACCAAACGUGCAUCCAUCCAUUAGGCCAUCAAUAGUUGUAUAACUGGGACUGUAACCUGAGCAAUAGUUUUUGUAUAAAACUGAGCACGUUUGCCAAGUUAAAGCUGUUUAACUCACUCGUUUUCUCCUGAAUGAAAAAGCCAGUAAUUCUGUUAUUUUUCACUUGGUACCUCCAGUUUACAACUCUGUUCUCCCAUCUGUUCUAAAUGUUGUCAUGUUGUUCUAUUGUUGUAGUUAGUACAUGCAAACCCAGAUGCCAUUAUGUGUACCUUUUUUUUCAUAUAAUGUUUUUGUUCAAGCAUUUUUUUUUGUAUUUAUUUAUGAACUAUUAAUUUAUUUUCAGUAACAGCGUACCUAGUGUGAACGUGUUUGCAGAUUCUGUUUUUCUUUCUAAAUAUUUUAGAAAAAAAUCUGAUUUAAUGAACAAGAAUGUGAUUUUGUUUUAUUAGUUUUUUAAGAUGACUGAAUACAUUUGAGAUGACUGGUUUCCUGUUUCAUAGAUGAUGUGAGGAGUUAGGUACUAACAUUUCCAGUACAGCAGUUACACUGACACAUACUUACAUGUGAAUGUUAGCAGCACACUUGACACUUUGUUGCUUUUUUAAAGCAAAAAAAAAAAAAAUCUCGUUUUCAAGUCUUGUAUCAAUUCUUCUUGGUUGUUGUUUUGUCUCUGAUGUGAGGCUCUCCAACCUAAACUCUUCCUCUCAUCUCAGUAGUGAUGUCUGAAAUCCUGCAAGAACUUUUAUUUGUUGGGAGUCCAAAAUAAUCUAGGUGAGCUGUAGAGAGCAACUUCAAAGCUCGUUUUUAAAGAUGGUACCAGAUGCAUUUCUGUGAAUAGUGAUGUAACUCCUCCUUGUUGUCUCAAACAGUCUGAUUCAAUGCUAAUUAGGUUUCUGUGAUUGCAUUCAUGAUCGUCCACCUUGAAUGUUUUAUUAAACAUUUUAAAUGUG